GUGUGUGAUGCAAAGACCUCGCACGCAUUGCCCGAAUGGUGGGAAGAAAUCGCUAUUGAUGCUCCAGCUACACAGAACUCCAAUGUGACAUACUCAUUGCCCAAUCAAAGUAAGAAGCAUCGAUCCACCCUUCGAACCCUUUCAUCUAAGAGUCUUCUGCAACGCAUUGAUAGUACCAUUCUACAAAGCAACUUAGCAGAAGCAACUGGGAGACAUUCAGCUCACGUCGAGAGCCCGUCCAAGGUUUUCCAUCAUAAUAUCCUCCGCACUGGUAGUACAGCGGUACAGGGCAUCUGGUGCUACUCGGUCCCGUCUCCUCGCCAGUCGUAGUCUUGGUCGGCUUCUCCGUAGACUUGGAGGUUGUUGUAGGUUUAGACGUCGUUGUGGGCUUUGUGGUUGGCUUCGUCGUCGUUGGUUUUUCCGUGGUUUUCGUCGUCGUGGGCUUCUCCGUUGUCUUUGUAGUCUACAGGCUACGUUAGAACAAGAACUGUAUACAAUCUGAAGAAUCGUAGCUCACUUUACUAGGGGUGGAUGUAGUCAUAGUCGGUGCCGUACACCAGCCGGGUUUGCUUGUCGUGGGUUUCUGUGUUGGCUCUGCGCAGUCAAAUCCGGCGCAUGUAGUGAACGUGAUUCCUCCUUCAUCCUGACGUCCCCGCAGAGGAUUUGCUGGGGCCUGUGAUGGAUAUGAGUUGCUGCGAGACCAUACGCUGAGCAUGGUUGGUAGGGGAUCAACUCACUGCAAUGCAUGAUGCUGAAAAGACCGCAAUGAGCAAGUAAUUAACAGGAUAAAGCAUGAUGGUCGGUCGGUCUACUGAACUGUGACUGGCAAACUUAUGUGAUUGAUUCAAGCGAGGUUGAAGAAGAUAGACUGUUUGAGUAUCCCAUCCUAAGGUUUUAUAUAGGCGUCCUAAGACGUGAACGUGAGCAGGACCAGCCCUAUUCCUGAUCCGAACGCAUGCUGGAAACGUCAAUAUAUUGCUUAGAGCGGCCUACUCCUCGUGUUCGUGUUCUAGUAGCGCGAGAGUCUGCAACGUUCUAGUCUUCGUCCAUUUGAUGGUACCUUAGACGAUGUAUCUGCAGGCUUGGGGGCCGGGGCUAACAUGUCGAAACCAAGCCUCCACGCCAUAGCCGGCUUGUGAAUACUAGGAAUUUUUAUUAUACAAUCGAUCGUUCCAAUUGCACAUGCUGCAAAGAUUAGUAUCAUGUUCCGUGACUAUCAUUUAAUAGUUCAGAUUUGGCAGUGUUUGUAUACGUGGUGAACAGAGCAGCUAAGGCACUGACAUGAUCAGCACAAUAUGCAUACGCAUGUACGAAGUACGGUGCAAGACCGACCUCAACGGUUGGAGGUCGUAGGAUCCGACUUUCUUUCCCGGACCCAGGUCAAAAACACCGGAAGCUAUUUUUGUCGUCUGAGAGGUUUAUCUUGGUACGUACCAUUUACCCGCAAAUUGGCCAAAUUGACCUUGAGUGUACCCCUGCCCAAGCCGCAAUAA